GCUUUGUUAUAAGCAAGGUCUCCUACCUUGCAGUAACAUCUCGAGAAGUCGUCCGCUCGCGGACGCAGGGACAGAGAAAGUCGCUGUCAAUUUCAGAAUGACUGCACGUCACGCUGUGAUUGGCGUCUUGGCGGUGGUACUGGGCGUGGCCGUCCACCGCAGCUCCGCCCAAAUUUUAUGCUAUAGUGACUUGUCCUGCACAAGUACUGUGGAUAUCCCAGGCGCCGACUUCGCCGGGUUAGCGCCGUCAGUGAGAAGUUGUUGUCAAGAAAAUGGUGGAACAGCUUUGAAAGUGCUCACGUCUCCUACCGCAUGUCAUCCUUGUAGUGAAGAUCCGUGUUCCUAUUGCACGAAUGCUCCUCAGAUCGAGGCUUCUGCCGGGUCGGCAGACCUGUUGGAAGAUGUCAACGUCACGUGCGACACCCCACUGCCGCCUGUUCCUGAGAUCACACUGAACGCCGUGUGUGCGGAGAUCUCCGGCCUCACCGUCGUCACAGAUCCGGACCCCUUCCCCACGGGCAAUGUUUGCGAUCUAACUGUGACACGAACGUACAUCUCACGAGAUGUUUGCAACAACGAACAGUCCACGCCACAACUAUUAUCUUUUGUGUCAACUCGAGGACCGACAUUUACAAACGUACCACCUGAUGAGACCGUAUCGUGCGAAGAUGACUUGGCGGCCAUCAGCGCGCCGACAGCGGUCGGAGAAUGUUCUGCGGCCUCAAUCACCGACGACAGCUCUCAGACAAUACCCGGGGCAUCGGGCUGUGAAUUUGACAAGGUGGUCCAGCGGACAUGGACGGCGUCAGACCAGUGCGGGAAGACGAGUACACACACGUACAGGGGUACGGUGUCCCAUACCACGGCACCUGCCAUCACUGGUUAUGUCCCCACCAGAACCGCGCUGUGUAACAACGUUCCCUCCUCUAAUGCUGUGACGGCUGUCGGAUACUGUGGACGCACCGUCCCCAUCACCGUGGUCGAGUCCACAAUACCUGGGCAGUGUGCAGACGUCUACCAACUGGUCAGAGAGUUCAACGCUACGGACUCGUGCGGCCUCAUCACUAUUGCCACGGAGACAAUUUCAGUCAACAAUGGCGGAAUACCACCGACUUUUGACGCUUUCCCCGCUGACGUCACCCUCACGUGCGUCACCAACAGCUCCGUCAAUAUACCUGAUGUCACUGUCACUGCGACAAGCGUAUGCGGAGACAGCGUCCCUGUUAAUCGCCAGCCCGAUAAUAGAGUGGACGGCGCCUGUCCAACUGACUUCACUAUCCAGCGGACCUUCGUAGCCAUCGAUGUCUGCGGACAGCAAGCAACAAGGACACAAACCAUAAGGGCGUCACCUUCAGAUGUAUCUUUCACUUUUGUUCCGAGCUCCGCCAGUGUGGAAUGUGGCACAGACAUCAGCGUCCUGUCUAACACCGGAGGUUCAGCCAGCGCGAGUGACGCCUGUACUGGGACUGCUGACGUCACUUACGAUGACGCAUCGACAUUAAGUAACGAUGGCUGCACGAGAACCGUCACACGCACAUGGUCAGCGGGGACCGGCUGUGGGGCGCCGAAGACAGCCGAACAGGUUUUGACCAUCGAAAUCAACAACGCACCAACGAUCGAGGCACCGGAAGACCGGACUAACCUCGCACUCUGCCCCAAUGAACUGUUCACCCCCGAAGCUCUCAACGACCGCCCCACCGUCAACGCGGGAUCCCCAUGUAGAACGCUGGACGAUCACAUCGUCGAGUAUGAGGACUUCGUAAUCGCGGAGAACCAGGCGGCGGGCACCAGCACGGUGAGGAGGGUGUGGUCCGUCAAUGACCAGUGCGGGAAUGUUGACACAGACGAGCAGAUUUUGAUCCUCAAUGUCAAGAACCGACCUCAGCUGGCUCUAGACCCGGACCAGUACAUCCUCACCUGUAACACGGUCGGUGAGAUCCGCAGCCAGGGGACUCCCCAGGUGGUGAACAGAGGAGGGGGCGGCGCCCAGGUGCUCAGCACCCGGGAGACCACGCCGGCCAGUGUGUUUUCCCAGGUGUGCAAUGGGCAACAGGUCACGAGGACCUUCGUGGUCAGCCUGGAAUGCGGGUUUACCGUCACCCUCACUCAGAUUGUUACAGCAAUGGCCAGUUCAACUCCAGCACCCCCGACAGUGCCCCCUCGUCCACCAACAGAACAAACUGUCUUCUUGUACUUUCUUUACCCGACCCAAGAUGGCCGUAACUUCCGGUACGGUUUCCGCUCCCUGGGAGGUACCUUGUAUUUCUUCACCCCUGGAGGGAGGUACAACUUGGCGUACCCAGGGUUCGGCAGCGGGGUCACCACCCCCACAGGUACAGGAGAUGGCCUCAUAUACGCCGUGGUGCAGCAAGACGGAACCGUUCGCUAUGCCCAGCGCUCUCCCACGGGCCAAGUCUAUUACCUGUCAGCCUACAGCGCUCCUGGCGGUGGCGUCCGUUAUGGGUACCAGGUCCCCGGUUCCUCUGCCGUGCAGUACGUCUCAAUGCCCCCUGCAGGGAUGAUACUUUUCCCAACUCUGAGUGGCGGGGUUUCACCACAGCCAGACGGAGGGUACCGCAUGGGGUACAGAACACGCGAUGGGACCGUCCAUGACGUCACUGAUUACGAGGACGGCAAUGAGUACACACGCUAUGGCUACCAGACCCCGAGCGGUGGGGUUCAGUAUCUAACCCUUCCGCACGAGGUGGUGUUGAGCAGCCCCGAGGUUAACGGAGGCAGCGUGCUUUGGUACCGCACGCCAGACGGUGUCAUACACAUCCUUAAGGAGUACCCACAAGAAGACGGAACGCUGCGUUACGGGUACGAGAACCCAGACGAUAGCAUCACAUACGUCACAGUGCCAGAGAACAGGAUCAUGGCGGUCGAAAGUGCCGGCGGUGGCGUCCGGUACGUUUACAGAACCCCCCAGGGCGGCCUCUACUUCCUGGUUCCCUACCCGACUCCAGAGGGUCUUGUCCGCUACGGUUAUCUCACGCCGGAGGGCACAGUGCGAUACGUGGCGAUGCCACCCACCGGUCUAAUCGCCAUUCCAACAGCAAUCACGGGGAGGAAGAGGUUCACCUACCGUGCUCCUGACGGCACCCUGUUUGAUUUGGUGCCACUAGCGGGUCCCGAUGGUAAGACCAGGUACGGUUACCGUAAACCAGACGGCAGUGUGAACUACCUGGAUCUUCCCAUGGGGCAAAUCAUCAUCAUGAAGUCACCAGGCGGCGGUCUCCACUACACCUACCGCUCAGACGACGGCAUCAUCCACAGCCUUAUCCCGCACGCUGAUGAUGACAACAACAUUAAGUACGCCUACGUCGGGCCCCAGGGGGUUAUCCAGUUCAUUCCCGACGCCCCGGGGUACGAAAGCCCCUUCCCCCUCUACAGCAGCGGGAUAUUCGCUGUAGUCAAUGGCGUUGUUCGGCUCAGAGUCGUGGUAGGUCCAGACGAGAACGGACAGACGCUGACCUACGAUCUAGAGCGAGUCCCUGACCCGCAGACCAACGUUGUACGGUACGGCUUCACGGCUCCCGAUGGAAUCAUAAGGUAUGUCCCAAUGCCCACGGUUGGCAUAAUGGCUGUGCCUACCACGGAGGGAAACAUUCAGUACAUAUACAGAGCACCUAAUGGUGAGAUCACCCCGGUGGACUCGACGACCACUGCCGACGGAGAGACCGUGUACAGCAUAGAGAACCCAGAUGGAUCCACGCAGGUGCUCCAGAUACCCAAGAACAACGUCAUCACAAUCCCCUUCCCUGGAGGCAGCACUCUCUAUUCGCUGCGCCAGGAGGACGGCUCUCUCGUUUAUCUGCGUCCUUUCGCCACCCAGUACGGCAGCGUUCGUUACGGCUACCCAGACGAAGCAGGCGAAGCGAUAACAGUCCCAAUCACCUUUGACGGCGUCAGCGUCGUGAACACACCAGACUCUGACGAUGGGAACUCCACCCUGGUCUACCAGACCCCAGAGGGUCCACUUCAGAAGAUGACGGCCACAACAGACCCAGUGGGAGACGGUCCAAACUUUGUGACUUACACCAUUCAGAUCACCCCCGACUCACGGGUGGACAUCCCCCUCUCGAAGAGCGGCGUCAUGACAGUGCCUUACCCUAUUGACGGUGGCAGCGUGUUAUUCUACAAGUCUCCCCAAGGCAAGAUGUACCCACUUAUCCCGUUCAGGCAACCCGAUGGAACCAUCCAGAACGUCUACAGGGGCGAGGACGGCAGUGAGCAGUACGUUCGCUUCCCACCCACUGGGAUGCUAGAUCUGCCUCAAAGUGGCAGUAAAGACGUCGUGCUCUACCGCGCCCCAAGCGGAGACGUUCACGAAGCAGAGCCAAUCCCGGCAAUAGAUGGCGGUGUGACCUACGGCUACAUAAAACCAGAUGGCACCACCAACCCUGUUCCUGGCAAUGCUCUGCCAGGCGGUCCACGCCCAACCGGACUUCCCACUGGGGUCAUCCCCUUCCUUAACCCUGACAGCAGUAUCGUGUACGGAUACAGAACGCCAGAUGGCGCGUUCCGGUACUUGACGCCGUACCCCGAUACCGCCAGCGGCACGGUGAGGUACGGGUACCGCACCCCUGAUGGUACCAUACAGUAUAUCCCUAUCCCCCAGCCGUCUGUACCGGGAGAGCCCGCCGCCCCCCUGCCUUCCAAUAUCGUUAUAUCUAUGAACGAGGACGGUACCAUCAUCUACGUGUAUAAAGCCCCUGACGGUAACACGUACGUCCUCACACGUGACGUUGAUCCCGAUACCGGGCGACCAACCUUCAGAUACCGCACUCCACAAGGUUAUACCUAUUACGUGCCAUUGCCUGGGCAACCAAGCAGCCCCACCCGACCCACUCAGCCUGGACGCCCAGGGUAUAUACCCAAAGGUUUAACCGAAGCCUUAACUCCAAGCGGAGCGACCAGAUACAUCUACCGGGCUCCGGACGAGAACACAUAUACCCUGACACGUUAUCCUAACCCUAACGGCGCUCCAAGAUACGGAUACAGAGCUAAGGACGGGGCGGUCGUCUUCGUACCUCUCCCAGGAGAACAGACACAGCCUGUUCCAGGCCAACCACAGCCGGGGACACCAGGGGGCAGUAUGCCAACAGGAGUGACACCUAUAGUCAAUCCGGACGGGACUGUCACCUACUAUUACCGCGCACCGGACGGCAGCUCGUACCCGCUGUCCCGUUACCCUAACCCUCUCACGGGCCGACCACAGUACGGUUAUCGCGAACCCGAUGGCUCUAUCAGAUUUGUCCCCGGACUAGAGAUGCUCCCACGACAACCGGUCAUCCCAGGCAUUCCAGGUCAAAGCAAUCCGGUCUUCCUACCCAGUAAUCCAGGAAUGCCAACAUUGCCCGGAUUUCCCGGACUGCCAAUAUAUCCUAAUACACCCCAAGGACCAAGUAUCCCAGGUAUUUCAGUUCCAGUUCCAGGCAUUCCUGUUAUUCCAGGCAUUCCAAGUAUUCCCGGUAUUCCAGGCAUCCCAGGUAUUCCAAGUAUCCCAGGUAUUCCUAGCAUUCCUGGCAUUCCAAGCAUCCCUGGCUUUCCAAGUAUUCCUGGCAUUCCAAGUAUCCCAGGUAUCCCAAGCAUACCAGGCAUUCCCAGUAUUCCAGGUAUCCCCGGUAUUCCAGGCAUUCCAACUAUUCCAAUCAUUCCCGGCAUUCCAGGUGUUCCAUCCUUCCCAGGUUUUCCACAGAUAGGUGCAAUAAGAGCCAGGCCUCAAGGAGUACCAACCUACUUAGGCUCACCAGGUUUACCAGGUAUCCCAGGUAUCCCAGGCAUUCCAGGAAUCCCAGGAGGCGUCAACAGUAAUCCAGGUUUCCCAGGAAUCCCUGGUAGCAUUGGCAGCAUCCCAGGUUACCCAGGAUAUCCAGGAGUUCCCGGUGUUCCCGGAAUUCCAGGAUUUGGCAGUAAUCCUGGUUUCCCCGGCUAUCCAGGCAUUCCAGGCAUUCCAGGUUUUGGUAACAGCGGUGGAUAUCCAGGGAUCCCAGGAAUUCCCGGUAUUCCAGGUUUUCCUGGAGGCAAUCCGAUUUAUCCAGGCUAUCCCACCUAUGCCGGUGUUCCUGGUAUUCCUGGCUACAACGGAUAUCCGGGUACCCUGCCUCAGACUGGCACUCCGGUGCCUAUCACUGGACCGGAUGGGCGGAUACUCUAUGGCAUUAGGCUACCGGACGGUACCAUCAUCUAUGCGUUACCCGCCAUGCCGGCCAUACCAAUGAAUAACAACCAGCAACCAACCUCGCCUCCAGUGAUGGAUCCAUACAUGGGCGGGCCACAGACUUGUGAGGGCGUGUACGCCGUGCCCGACCCCAGGGGGCAGCCCAACGUGGUCAAUUUCGUGUACAGGUCGUCGGAUGGGGCCUACUACAGGGUGGACACACAGUUCAUGCCGGACGGCAGAGUCCAGUACACCUACACCUCGGCCACCGGAACCACGCGCUACCUCGCUCUACCCCCCUCGGGGAUUUUGGCCGUGCCGCUGACCAAUGGUCGAGCCGUCCAGUUGGUCUACCGUGAACCGAACCGCUUCAUGCUACCGGUCGUUAUGAUGAACAUGUACGGCGGUCGCGUGCAGUACGUCUACUACACGUCUUCAGACACCAUCGCCAAUCUUGACGUCCCGUCGAACGUUGUCCUCCAGAUGGCGACACCGUGCGGUGGGGUUCGCUAUGGCUACCGCCCCAAUGACGGCCAGAUCCGUCUCCUACAGGGGGAUAACAUGAAUCCUGCCAGUAGUGGCCCGGGCCAGUUUAGGUACGGAUACAGGGACACAAGCGGCAACACCCAAUACCUUUUGAAUUAUAACUCCUUCCUCGCUCCGGAUUACGGUCUGCCACGCAACUUGGGUUACGGCAAUGAUGGUACCAUCGCCGCCGCUUCUUUCCUGUCAGGCAUGGGCUCCAACACGGGAGGGAUACCCCCAGUAGGUGGUCCAGCUGGACCCCCCGCGCAGCAGCUUCCGGUGAGGCAGCCUAUGUCCCCUGCGAACGCCUACCAAGGACUUCAGGGUUACAUGAAUUUGCUGGACUAGCUGGGGUUCGGAAGGGGAGGAUAAACUGACGUGACACUACG